GGGGCGCCGGGAUAGGAACCGGGAUGGGAUACCGGGAUAGACUGGGAUGGGGACCGGGAUAGACUGGGAUGGGAUACCGGGAUAGACUGGGAUGGGGACCGGGAUAGACAUGGAUGGGCACUGGGAUGGGGCACCGGGACAGAGGCGGAGUGGACACCGGGGUAGAUCGGGAUGGAAACCGGAAUACAUCGGGAUAGAGGCGUUGCCAUGAACAGGAUCCGGAUCCACGUGCUGCCCACCAGCCGGGGCCGCCUGACCCCGGUGCCUCGGCCUCAGGAGCCACUGGCCUGUGCCUUCAGCCCCCGGCCCUGCUCCCAGCCCCGCCUGGAGGGGCAGGAAUUCUGCAUCAAGCACAUCCUGGAGGACAGGAAUGCUCCCUUCAAGCAGUGCAGUUACGUGUCCGCCAAGAAUGGGAAGCGCUGCCCCAACGCUGCCCCUAAACCCGAGAAGAAGGAUGGCACGUCCUUCUGCGCGGAGCACGCCCGUCGGAACGCGCUGGCGCUCCAGGCCCAGGUGAAGAAAUCCCACCCUGGACCUGUGAGCGAGACCCUGCUGUGCCAGCUGAGCUCCUAUGCCAGGUCAGAGCUGGGCUCCCAGAGCACGGAGAGCGUCCGGAGCGAGGCCAGCCGCAUCCUGGACGAGGACAGCUGGAGUGACGGGGAGCAGGACCCUGUGACCGUGGAGCAGACGUGGCGGGGGGACCCCGACAGCGAGGCCGACAGCAUCGACAGCGACCAGGAGGAUCCCCUCAAGCACGCCGGGGUGUACACGGCCGAGGAGGUGGCUCUGAUCAUGAGGGAGAAGCUGAUCCGGCUCCAGUCCCUCUACAUCGACCAGUUCAAGCGGCUCCAGCACCUCCUGAAGGAGAAGAAGCGCCGGUUCCUGCACAGCCGGAAGGGAGAGCACGAGGCCAUCGGGAGCAGCCUCCUGACAGGCCCAGAGGGGCUGAUGGCCAAGGAGAGGGAGAACCUGAAGCGGCUCAAGUGCCUGCGGAGGUACCGGCAGCGCUACGGGGUGGAGGCUCUGCUGCACCGGCAGCUCCGGGAGCGCCGCGUCCUGGCCACCGACGGCGCGGCCCAGCAGGCCCACACCACCCGUUCCAGCCAGCGCUGCUUGGCCUUUGUCGAUGACGUCCGAUGCUCCAACCCGUCCCUGCCGAUGACCCGGCACUGCCUCACACAUAUCUGCCAGGACACGAACCAGACGCUGUUCAAGCCGUGCCAGGGCUCCGAGGAGGUGCCCUGCAACAAGCCCGUCCCCGUGAGCCUGUCAGAGGAUCCGUGCUGCCCCCUCCACCUGCGCCUGCCCCCCCAGAUGUACAUCCCAGAGCAGGGCCUGGCCGUGCCCCAGGAGCUGGGAGCUGCUCCCUCGGAGCUGUACCUGAGCGCGGCCGAGCUCCAGCCCACCGAGAGCCUGCCCCUGGAAUUCAGUGAUGACCUGGACGUGGUGGGUGAUGGAAUGCAGUGCCCCCCGUCCCCUCUGCUCUUCGACCCUUCCGUGACCCUCGAGCCGUCCCUGCGGGAUGUGGCCGAGGCUCCCAUCGACAUCCUGGCGCUGGAGGAGCCGGACAGGGGCAGCUCCUCGGCCCCCCUGGCUGAGCCCCCUGUGCAGCAGGGUCACCUCCCAGGCCGGACGGGGCAUCAGGAUGACCAGGAGGAAACGGCCUCGGCCACCCCGGCCCGGGGAGCCACUGCCAACGGGAGCCUGGAGCCGGGGGCUGUGAGCUGAGCCCAGCACCCCCUGGAUCUCUGCUCCUGUGGGACCCUCAGCGUGGGACGGGGGGGACCCUUGGCGUGGGAUGUGGGGGGACCCACAGGCGCUGAUGUCCUGGUCCAGUGCCAGGAUGAGCCACAGCUCGGGUUCCUCUGCUGAUGUGAUUCUUGGGGACCCCAAAACCCCAGAGUGGGGCCCCUAAAACCCUGGAGUGGCAGCUCUGAAACCCUGGCAUGAAGAGCCUAAAACUCUGGAGUAGGACCCUAAAACCCUGGCAUGGGGACCCCGGAUCCACCCUUGCCUGUGGGGAUGGAGGAGCCACAGGGGGACUCUGGGAGAAGGCAGGGAGGGACUCGCUGGAGUUCUGGGAUCCUUUGCCACGUCCUCAUGUGCCCCCGGGGGGGGUGACGUGGCCCUGUAACAUUUGGGGGGAUGGAGGUUCCCCCCACAAUAAAACGAUGGAGGUGGGCUC